UAAAGUUGGUGGAGGCAGAUGGAGGAAUUGCGCACUAAGCAAACGGCGGCGGAGCAAUGAAGGAGGGAACGCGAGCCCCGAGGCGGAAGAGAAGGGCCAGAAGCGCCUUUCAUAGGACAGCCGAAAUGCACCACGACCCGCGCCCCCUGGAUUUAAAAUCGAUCCUUUGACGAGUGAGCACAGGACGACGGACGUACAGAAGCUGGGCAGGCAGCACAGCAGAACGAGAGCGCAAGAUGUGGGGCACUGCCCCCGACGCAUUGCCAGCCUCUUCAAUUCGAUUCAAUUGAAUCGUCAGCUCCAGUUUGGAUCGUUCUCCAGCCCCUCCUCCGUCGUCUCUUCAUCUGCUCUCACUCGGAGUCGCCUCUCCCCAUCAUUCAAUUCUGCCAUCAGACGUCUCCAUCGCCGACCUUUGUUUGUCCGCCGUUGCUUCUUGUUCUCCCCUAGCUUUCGUGCCUCUCUUCGCCGACGAAUGUCUAACGUCCACACAGCUUCUUCUACUGUGAGCAUGACACGGGAUGUAUACGCGGAAUGUAUGGGAGCUCGAAGGUCUUGGUGCUACCUGGCCUCACCCUCCUACGGUACUUUGUCUUCAUCGACAUAAGAUGGGGAAAACAAAAUUGAGAAUGGUUCUGGAGAAUUUAUUGACAGUAAGAAGUCAAAGUGCCAAAAGGAGACGUCGGUGACAUCCUACCGUAUGAUAUUCAUUCCCUGUCUCGAUACGUCUGUGUUUGAGCUGGGUCUCGAAGCUUCGGUCUCACAAGCUCAUCAGCAUGAAAAAGGUUGAUCGUUCCAGCUGAUAUGCUCGCAGCGAUGCAGAAGCACGAGGUACUCUACUGCGCAGCAUAAUAGAUACAACUGGAUCACGCAAGUACUUUUCGAGGUCCUCUUUGUUCGCAAGCCAACGUCCAAACGAGGUUAAUGGCUCGAAAUGAGAGCGACGUCCGGGAUUGAACUGCAGAUUUGGAGCCAUGGAAUGUCCUGAACACUUCAUUCCUGCACGAAAUAUCUUCGGCACAAUCCAUGCUUCUCAGUUUCUAGCCACUCGGUGGUGUCUCGGAAGAUGUCUGCACAUGUUGGCAUAACUUCAGCGCUGGAAGACGCGAGGUUUUAUUAUAACCUUUCUCACGUGAUGGGGUUGACUAUUAUUCCCAGAUGUGGAUACUUUCGCUGGUACUUCCUCGACCGAAAUCCCCGUUCGACCGCAUAGCAAUCCUCUGAGUGUGUCUUCUCUCUUCGGAUCUGAUUUAAAUCCCGUGCAAGACCAUGCCGAUCAUUCCAAGAACGUCCGUUUUUUCAGUAAGCUUCUUGUGAGUUCCCAUCGUUUCUGUCACCUACAGUGCAGAGAUAAGAUACGCUCUGAGUAAUGUGACAUGGUUAGGUACACGAGACCAUCACCAUUAAGAUCUCCCGAGUACGCCACAUAAAGUCACGCAGAUCCGGUUUUCUAAACCUUCCUACGGAGUCAAGAACAGUGCUUGAAAUUCUAACAGGUGCACCCAAACAUACCUGAAUACAAGUCACUGUCUUUUACAAUAAACGAAAAGAAUCUUCUUUAUGAGAGGUCUUGCACUCUUAAGUCAGAAGUCUUAUGCCCAAGGUAAUGCCAAAGCUGUGAUGCUGUGGUCUACAAAAGGCUCAUCGUAUCCAUUGAAAUGGCCAUACUCGAAACGAUAAUGCGACGUCGGUCUACAACAUACGAUGAUGUAGAAUGCAAGACGUCUCAUUCUCUACUUCAGCUGUAAAGGGUUGCAGCUGAAGUAGCAAAAGGCUGACUACUUAAGCCUUUGCUCCUUCAGCCACUCCCACUGAUACAGGAAACAGAUCAGGAUUUUUUUCUUCAUGUUCUGAUCCCAACAUCACUUGCCUCUUAUCUUUGUAAUGUAUUUUCUUUUUCAUGUUUCAUAAGCUUACAGAAACUCACUAGUGUUGUGGAGCCCAGCCGUAACCUUUUUAAGGCAUUCAUUUGUUGGACGUCUCCCCAAUUAAGACACGUCGAUAGAACGGUGUUCUUAUACGAGGGCUAGAAAUAUAACGAGCUAUCGACGACCAUUGUGUGCUAGAUUGCAAAUGCACCAUUUGCAAUAAAUGUACAGUGAUUGCUCGGAGAGGUCAGGACCGGAGACUUGUCCUGGGGCUUCCAAAACCUGGUGAACUGAAUAUGCCCAAAUUAUAACGUGCAGAUCUUCUUUCCUCAGCAGCUUUGCACUUCUUGCACGCUAUAAUUAAUCAGCAGAUUGUAGUCAUAUUCUUCUCUCUAAUGAGCACUUCAAGUUGAUUGUUGCCAAUAUAUUCCGUUCACAGCCAGCACAUUGCAUUCGGUUCGGUCUUUAGAUCCUUGUACAAGAGGUCCUCACGUCAUUCGUCCGUUUUACAGUCAUCACGCACGGGGGGAGAGCAUUCGUCUGACUCAUAUAUUAUUUCUUGAUAUUCUACGUCAGUAACCAUUGGCCCAAUUUCCCUUACGAACUGUGAUCGGUCACCGGAACCAGUACGGUAGAUUCUUUCAGCGCAUGCUGUUCACAAAUCCACUCCUUCAGUUCCUUUCUUGACCGGAAGAGACUUCUCGUGGCACUGGACGACACACCCUACAACCGGUUCCAUUGAAUCUUACUCGAAAGACAUAGUCAUCAUCAUGUUGUGGGGUUCUUUCUCUCUAACAUGUGCCUGUACCUGCAGAUGAAAGCACGGGGCCAAACUUUCGGUUUCCUCACCCUUCUGAAACAGAAAGGAUGAUGUACAUGAACAAAUCGGGCAAAAGAAUCAUCAACCUUCUGGUCAAAACUGGAUGUUUUGGAGCAUUUUCUAACAUCUGCUUCACAAAGGAGGUCAAAGUCUGCUGACUUGCAAGCUCAAUUCGGUCAAUGUUGUGAAUUUUAUAAUCAUCACUCUGAAGCAUCGGUAAUCAUCACCCAGAUACCGUAGCUUUGAGACAAAACAUGUCCGUCAGUCGUGACCGCAAUUUGUCUUACCUGAAACUACCAUGCCUGCCUGAGGUCAACUCUGAUGAUGAAAGGGAUGACAGAGGGAAGUUGGUGUUUUCCCUUUUGAACGACGUUGUCUGGGCUUCGAUUGAGCUUGAACGGACCACAUCAUGCGAAUGACCUCCGUCGAUCCAUUUUCAGCACAAACUAUGGAACAUCUUUCAUCACCUAUCAUGUUAGACUGUAAUAAUUCUCGACAUGUUCUGUAGGAUAUCUAAUCACAGAUUGUGUUAUAAGGUUUGAAACUCUUAAUUAGGCUGCUAUUGUUCAAUCAAGUGGACCGAUUGCCUUGACCAGACGGCCUCAAAACACAUGAUGAGUUCAAGCUGCAACUGGUAAGUGAUGGGUGGGUUCGUUUCCUCUCCAUGAAAGGCCUUCAACUUACCACAUUGUGUUUUGCCAUAGAGCUUUAUUAAUCUACUUCGGAAUUUGGUGACUCGUGUGUUGUAAGAGACCGAGUGGUUGAACUCGAAGAGUCUUCACAAAGAGGUUUGCACGAGCCGCCUUUUGGAUCAUCCACCAGCGAGACCUAUAUCCAGUCGAGAAAGGAAGAAAUGGUAGACAAGACCGACAUCCUUUCAGAGAAAAUAGAGUAUCAGUCUUUCACGCUCAAAGGCAUGUCAAAAAAAGGUUAAUAUCUGACAAUUGCGGGUAAUGCCGCGAUUGGAGGAGGUUUUUUUUGGAAGGCGCUUCUUGUGUUUUGGCGGAUGUUGUCUCCUUGGUUCGAUUAUACUGCUCACGAGUAUGUCGUGACCAUCUUCUCCUAAUUUAAUGGUAGAGACGACCUUUCUACAAGGCAAGCAAGAGUAACCAUGGAGGUGUCCAGAAUCACCACAGCUUAUGGUGCUUCACCCCAUCUUGUGUUUCUCUUGGCUCUAUCCUAAAAGACAUUGCUCUGAUUUACUUCUGAAAAUUGCGUCCCAACAUGAUCAUCGAGGUGGACAAGCGAUCACUAUGUCGAAGAAAAAGUUCUAUGAGCUUGCAUUUGUGAUUACUUCGUGCGUAGACUUUUCUUCCUUGUGUGAUGCAUUUAAUUUUCCCAAAAGCUUUUUUCGGUCCAUUCUCUAGGUUUUCAUUAUUUUGGUUCAAUGCUGCAAGACAAUUGUACUCUUUUUGGAGGGAGAAGAUACUCUGCCCGACCCAAAGAACGGUUUAAAGCAAGCUCGAAGGGUGGCCACUACCCAAAAAGACGGCUGGGACUUAAGGCAAGGAAGAAAGAGCCACGUGAAAUGGCAGUGCGAUCGUUGGUUUAGGGAGCUUCUACGUGGUGCGAUGUGGAAGGCGGUCAGACAGAUCAAGACCUCGGAAUAAUCGAAGGGAGUUCCGUAUAUCAUUGUGGCAGACGACGCAAGUUGGAAAUAAAAUAGCGCAGCAGCCCCAACAACGAAGCCAAGAUACAGACUGAGAACCAGCACAAUCGCCUCAUUUGAAGCAGCGAAACCCUCUCCUGUUGGCAUCUUUUCCACAAUUGGAUGGAUGGAUUGAUUAUUGUUUACAUUAGUAUCCCUUACUGCUCACACGGAGUCUCUCCGAUACUCUUGGUCUUUGACGUCUCCUGUUUUCUUCUUACACGAGCAGCAUAUUUUCUGUUGGAAAGUAUUCCCUCGACGUUCAUGAAUGUUUAGAAGAAGGCUUGGCACUCAAACCAACAGAUCUCGCUUUUAUAGUUAUUUAAAGUUUCAAAGUUCCUGGUCAUGCAGAUUUCGUGGGAGGACGCUUGAUCAUGAACGGUAUGACCCCUCGUUCCGGAAGCUUUCUGUAUAUAGUCUCACAUUGCGAGGUUUUCAUACCGUGUUAGCGGCCAUCCCUAGAUUGAGAAUGCACGUCGACACUAGAUACAUGUCCGGAUGGAUGCACCGCAAAUCGAUCGUCCUUUUUUGCGUUUGCUCUUCCUUUUGGUACGGCUGGCGCUGCGACCGACAGUCAGCACUUCAGACAUGCCAGAAAGAAGUUGUAAAUUGUUUACUCCGGCGGAAGUAUUGUAGUCCUAUUGAUGUCAAUACUCGCCCUACUAGACGAGUGAAUAAAUCUCCG